AUGAAUGAUUUUAUAGAUAAAGUUGAUAAUGAACCUUAUUUGAAAUAUACCCGUAUUUCAGGAGUUGCAUCUGAAAUAUUUUCUAAAGAAUUUAUAAGUACAUUUGAAAUAUCAUCAAAUAUAUUAGUUCUUGGAUCACAUAACGGUUAUCUAUAUAUUAUCAAUAUAAACAACGAUGAACUCUCUCAGCAUCAUAUUCAUUCAGCAUCUAUUAGUGAUUUGUCAAUUGAUGAUAGUGGUGAAUAUAUUGCUACUGCAUCUAUAGAUGGAAGUGUAGCUUUGUAUACAAGAUCAAAUAACAAUAUUACUCUUUAUAAUUAUCGUCGUCCUGUAAAAUCUGUAGCUAUUGAUCCAAACUAUUCUCAGAAUUUUCGAAUUAUAUCAGGUUGGUUAGGUAAUAAAGAUACAGUGUUGCAUUAUGGUGAAGGUCCUAUUUAUGAAAUUCAAUGGUAUGGAAACAUGAUUGCAUGGGCAAAUGAUAUGGGUGUAAAGAUAUAUAGUACUUUAUUUUCUCAAAGGAUAUCUUUUAUUCAAAAAAUACCAGAUAGCCCUAGACCAGAUCUUUUUCGAUGUAGAUUAGUAUGGUCUUCAUUUGAUAAUUUACUUAUAGGUUGGGCUAACUAUGUAACUGUUGUUACAAUAAAGUCUCCUGAUUUCAAUCAUCGAUUACCUUACAGUGAAAUAUCGUUAAUAAUAAAACUUGAUUACAUAGUAUCAGGAAUUGCAAAAUUUGAAGACAAAUUACUAGUUCUUGCUUUUAUUUCAGAUAUAAACAGUCUUAUAGAUACAGAAAUUACAACUAGACCAGCUGUUGAAUGUCCAGAAUUAAGGCUUAUAAAUUCUAAAAAUGAAGAAAUAUCCGGAGAAGCAUUGAAUCUUCAGGAAUAUUCUAAAUUUCAGGCUAACGAUUUCAAUUUGCGCUUAUGUCCUAAAAAAAAAAGUAUUUAUGUAAUAGGGCCUAAUGAUGGAAUAAUAGCUAAAGAACGGGAACUAAAAGACCAUCUUUUAUGGCUAAUUAAACAUAAAUAUUAUGAAAAAGCUAUUAACAUUGUAGAAAAACUACAAGAACCAAUUGAAGGUAUUACUUUAAAAAAUAUUAACCUUCUUUAUUUGGAAUACUUAGCUAAAAACGAUGAAUAUGAUAAAAUAUCUUCUAUAUCACAAAGCAUUUUUGGGCAUGAUGUAGAUUUAUGGGAAAAAUGGAUUCUUAAUUUCAUAGAAAAUGGUCAUUUGCAGUCUAUAACUCCAUAUAUUCCAACAAAUAGUCCCCAGUUAAGUUCUUUUGUUUAUGAAACGAUUAUUUCUUAUUAUCUUGUUUCUAAUCAAGAAUUAUUAUUUGAUAUAUUAAAAAACUGGCCUUUUGAAAUAUAUAAUAUAGAUAAUAUUAUUUCAGUAAUUAAGGAUAGAUGGGAACAAAAAGGAGAAAAAAUUUUAAUGGAAUGUCUUGCAGAUUUGUUAAGAUUUUCUUAUUACCGGAUAUGUUUAACAUUUUAUAGAUAUAUAAAAAAAGGUUCUCCAAAAGAUGCAUUAUAUUUUUAUCUUCAUCUUAAAAGUCCCAAGACGAUCAAUUUAAUUAAACAAUACCGGCUUUUUGAUAAUAUUCAAGAUAAUAUACUUUUAUUGUUUCAGUUAGAUACUUUUUCUAAUAAAAUCGAAGAUUUUUCAGAAAAAACAUUAAAUGAUAAAGUAAUAGAAUUUUUAGCUCAAUAUUCUCAUUUAAUUCAUGUACAUAAAGUUAUAGAUCAAUUAGAAGGAUAUCAUAUGCUUCAGUACCGUUAUUUGCGAGCUAUUUUUCUUUAUAAUAACUAUUUUGCUCCUAAUUUUGGAGAUUUACAAGUCGAAUUAUAUGCAGAAUAUGAUCGCAACACUUUAAUGGAAUUUCUUCGAACAAGUUAUACAUAUUCUUUAGAAAAAGCUUAUAAAGUUUGCGAAUUGCGUGAUUAUAUUCCUGAACAAGUUUUUAUACUUGGAAGAAUGGGCAAUAAUAAAAAAGCAUUAAUUUUAAUUAUCGAAAAAUUAAAUGAUGUUGAUCAGGCUAUAGAAUUUGCAAAAAUUCAAAAAGAUGAUGAUUUAUGGGAGGAUUUAAUUAUUUAUUCAUUAAAUAAUCCAAUAUUUAUAUGUCGAUUAUUAGAGAAUGCUGGGUCUGCCAUCGAUCCUAUUAAAUUUAUUAAACGCAUUCCUGAAGGGCUUGUUAUUCCUUGUUUUAAAGAGUCCUUAUCGAAAAUUUUGAAAGAAUAUGAGUUACAGACUACUUUGGUUAACUCUGCAUAUAAAAUCAAUUCUAUGGAAGUGUCUAGUUUGUAUAAGGAUUUUUUGCGUAAUCAAAAACGAGGAAUUUUAAUAAAUGGGAUUAUUAUAUUCUUUUGUAGACAUUUAUAUCAUAUAGAUUGUAUAUUAGAAAAAAAUCAAGCAUUAUCAGCUGUUAACGUUUUUAAAGAAAAUAAUAUCAGCGUUGGAAUAAGGAACACAACAGCUCCGAUUAUUCAAACCUAUUUAAAAGAAUGUCCGUUAUGUUAUAAGUAA